CAUUGUUGACGCAGCUUCCGACUCCGCUGUCAGUCCUGAAGCUUUUACUGCUGCUACAGUAGCUGUUUCCCACACAUUUACCCUCUAAUACACACUCUAGCUGUAAUAUCAUGUUAUUUUUAGGCUUAAAGCAGCGAUGAUCUUGUCUUUGGGGGAGUUUGGAUACAUUCAGUACAUUUAGAGCAGCUGAGUCCUGUAAACCCUGGUGUGAUGCAUUCGCUGGCUCAGGAGAUCCAGGGCUUCUCCAAAAACCGUCUGAAGAAACAGUGCACACAUGUUACCACGGUGACAGGCAGGAAGCUGCUGGAGAGGAGGGCUGAUGGAGGAGAGGGAGAGGAGCAGGUUGAAGAGCUGGAGGAGGGAAGUGGAUGUGGAUUUGUAGAAGAUAAAAGUCUGGACCUCCAAGUCGGUGUCGUUCGCCCCUUCCUACUGCUGGCCUCUCAGGAUGCAGCCCACGACAUUGACACCCUGCAGAGAUAUAAGGUCUCUCAUGUGCUAAAUGUUGCCUAUGGAGUCACUAACCUGUUCCCAGAUCAGUUGGUUUAUAAGACGCUUCAGAUCCUGGACCUCCCAGACACUGACAUCACUUCAUAUCUUGGGGAGUGCAGCUCCUUCAUAGAUCAGGCACGAAAACAGGGCGGUGUGGUGCUGGUCCACUGUAACGCAGGCGUAUCACGCUCUUCCUCUAUCGCGAUUGGCUACCUGAUGUUGACGGAGGGGCUGUCUUUUGAUGAUGCAUACAAUCAGGUGAAGCUGGCGAGGCCCUCAAUUCGCCCCAACCCCGGCUUCUACCAACAACUACAGAGCUACAAACCUUAAAACUGCAUUCAUUGAUUUUUUUUUGUCCAUUUGGGAGCAGCAUAAACGAUUUGUGAACACAACACUGACAUAUCAACACCUUUGAAGUGAAUAUGAUGAACUUGUCAGCAAACAGUUGCCUAUUUACACAUUCAGUACAGAGCGAGUUCAGUAUUCACUCUGCUUCUAGCUCUGCUUUGGUCUCCACCAUUUCCUGAGGACAAUAUCUGUCUCUUUAGCAGCUAAAUGCUCCACUGUGUUCACCAGCAAGUCGCUAACUAUGUCUGCCUGCCAUUUGGUGCUGUGCAGGUAGUGUAUAGUUUUUAUUAUAUAAUAUAUAUAGUAUUCACUGAAUCCAGCUGCCUGCUGCUGGAAAUGAUGUUGAUGAGAGCUGUAAGAGUGAACCAAAACCAAAAACCAAUUUAUUUAAAGAUGUUUAAAUGUUCUGAGAACUACAGAUUUGGUGAUAAUUCGGUGUGUUUGUCACAGCGACUCUUCUCACAUUACACGUUGUCAGUUCAUCCAUUGUUUGUGAAUUUGUGAUUGUGAACACUGAUUAGUGCUGCUUUAAGGAACUACAACUAUCUUCUUCACCUAAACAUUUUAUUUUGAAAAUUGUUGUUGUUGUUUUCCUUAUCAAAGAUAAUGAAAAUGUGUGUGCCAUAUGUAUGUUCAUACACUUGCCCAGUAUGUAUGCAUGUGUUAGGUGUGUCAAUUGUCUAAAAAAACACAGUUAGUUAGUGAAAAACUGUCAGCCUUUAAUUCCACAGUAGUAAAAUCUUUGUUAAGAAACUGAUUUCCUAGAGCCAUUAAUUUUGGAGGCACCUUUCUCUUAGUUUUCUUUGCAGUAUGGAUUGUUUUCUAAUUAAAGACAUACCAGUUUUUCAUGAGGUACA